AUGACAACGGGGGAAGCGGAUGGGGGGAAUGAGGCAUUUCCUGCUUCGAUUUUCGCGCGCAGGAUCGCAAUUUUGGGCACAGAGUCAGCUGAGCGCGACGAUCCAGGCAACAGUUAUCCCGCAGUUAACGAUCUUGAGCGGCAUUAUCCUGGGCAUGGAGACGUGCGGGGUCAAGACAAAUUGGAUGGCGGAAGCGCCAUAGAGAUUGGGGCAGCGGCAGCGUCGAUCGAGCAGGGGCCCGUGCCGGGGUGGAGAUGGUGGCACGGGAGGGAGUUAAGCGCCGGGUGGCCUGCCGCCGCAGACGCUUGUGCAGCCGCUGGUCAAAAAUCGGGAGAAACACCCGGCGAUAGGAAGGAAGACUCGAGUGCGGAGAGUCGGCACCUGCAUUUUCCUGCAUUUCCUGCUAGCCAUGUGGCUGCCCUUGGUGCGGGAGGCGCUGCAACACCAGCCUAAACUGGCUGCCCCCCACGGCCCUGGGUGCUGAGAGUUGUCGG